AUGGGAAAUAAAAAACAAAAACUAUCCAAAGUGAAAAAAAAUAGAGGAAAUGUUUCAUCACUUUUAAAUUGGCAAACUCAUCGCAUACAAAAAACAGUAAGUGAUGUACAGCGGUAACAUCGUAUAAUUGUGGACCAAAAUAUAUUAGUAAUUUACAUAAACAAAUUACGAAUACUAGCCCUGGAUUAUUUACAAAACAAUAUAUAAAAAGAGUAGAAAGAUCAAAAUUAAAAUUAAAAUGUAGACGUUUAAAUUUCGAAAGGUAUUAUAUAAUAAUUUAAAUUUGAUUAUAUUAAACAGAUGAGGAGGGCUAAAUCUAUAAAUAACUAGUUCUUAUAUAGCUUAUAUAUAGGUACUCUUAGAUUUGUAAAUUGUUAUAUUAUUAUUAUAUACCUAAUAAUAUAAUAUAAUAGUAUUUUUUUUUAAAUUUUUAUUUAAUUAUGCGGUGAAUAAUAUCGUAUUCUCAUUUUUUAAAAAAUANUUAUUGACGGACCAGAUGAGAAAUAUGGAGCUGUAAAUGAAUUAGAGUGUACAAUAACUGAUAUGACACAUGACAAAUAUUUAAAAGAGGAAAAAAUAUUUUUAAAUAAUUUAAAGUUAACUAUAAAAGAAAUAGAAGAAGUGGAAAGAAGAACUGUAGGACAGCACAAUAAUAAUGAAUGGCAAAAGUAUAGGAAAUCACGUCUCACAGCUUUCAAUUUUGGCAAAGUGUGUAAACUUAGAGCAAGCACUUCUCGGGCAAACACCGUCAAAAACAUACUCUAUGAUAUAUUUCAAGGAAACUCUGCUACUCGGUUUGUAUAAUAGUAAUCAAGCAUACUGUAUAAGUACUCUAAAAUCUAAGUAGUUAAAUGUUAUUUUAUUCAUACUCUAGGUACGGCAUUGAAAAUGAACCAAUGGCCAAAAGAGAUUUUGAAAAAAAAAUUUGAUGUUAAAAUUGAACCAGCAGGGUUAUUUAUACACACAUAACUUAAUUAUUUAGCCGCAAGUCCCGAUGGACUAAUAGGCAAAGACACAAUAGUUGAAAUUAAGUGUCCUCAAAGUAUGCACCGGAAGAAGCAGUAAAUAACAAAAAAUUAAAAUUUAUGAUUUAUAAUGAUGAAAAACUAAUAUUAAAAAAUAAUAAUUGUUACUAUUUCCAAGUACAAGGACAACUUAAUAUUAUAAAACGAAAAUGGUGCUAUUUUGUAGUGUGGACGCCCAAAGGUAACUUAUACUUUUUACUUCAUUUUUUAUUUCAAAUCAACAUAAUCUAAUAUUUUAUAUUUUUUUUAUAGGUUUUGUAGUUGAUAAAAUAUUAAGAGAUGAAGAAUUUUGGAAAAAUAAUAUUGGACCACAAUGCACAAAAUUUUAUAUGGAAUCUUUAGUCCCAGAAAUUAUAGACUCAAGAUUUGAUCGAGGAUUACCCAUAAGAUCUGGUUUACCGGAACCAUAA